UUUCAGAACAUUUCCGUAACAGUUGUUUGUGAUAAUUGUGAAUGGUAGUUUAAAGAAGGAGAAGAGCCAAAAAUAAAACGUUUGUGAAAAGCAAAGACAAUAAAUUACACAAAAACAUUCUGCCACGGUAAAUAAAAUAUACAAGUUGUUUGCGCAAAACGAGCUAAGAAAAAUUGACGAACAAUGACCACAGCUGCACGUCCAACAUUCGAUCCCGCACGCGGUGGAAGUGGUCGUGGCGAGAAAGAUUUGAGCGCACUAUCUAAACAAUAUUCAAGCAGAGAUUUGCCUGGGCAUACUAAACUCAAAUACAGAGAAACUGGGCAAGGAACCUCUGAAGAACUACGCAACCGCGAUUUCCGUAAAGAGCUAGAAGAACGUGAACGUGAGGCACGUCCAAACAAAGCACUACCUUCGAUUGUACGUAAAGCGAUUGAAGCAAAUAAUUCGUCAAAUAGUAGUGCAAGUAGUACUAAACGCGCACGUCUCGAACAGCCAGCAGCACCAGUGAAUUUAGAUGCUGACGAUCCGAUAGAUAAAGACAGCUCUGAGGAAGACUCUGAUUCAGAAGAUGAAGAUGAUACUGCAGCCCUGUUGGCGGAAUUAAAUAAAAUCAAACAGGAACGUUUGCAAGAAGAGACACGUAAAGAUCAGGAAAAGAAACAAGAGGAAGAGCGUAUACGUAUGGAAAAUAUCUUAUCCGGCAAUCCAUUGAUCAAUUAUGCACCAGGUACUGGUGCAACCGCGAGUAAAAAUAUUGGUAGUGAUUUGAAGGUGAAACGACGUUGGGAUGAUGAUGUAGUGUUCAAAAAUUGCGCCCGCACUGAGCCGGAGAAGAAAAGCCACUUCAUCAAUGACUCGCUGCGUAAUGAGUUUCAUAAGAAGUUUAUGGAUAAAUAUAUAAAGUAACUUUUUAUUCUACUUCCAAAUAUAAAUUCUAAUAAUUCAAGAGUGCGUUUAAGUGAAAUUUCAAUGUGUACUUGUAAUUAAAUAAUUAAUUCUAAUGUUAUAAUAAACGUAUGUCUAUACUUUAUUAAAGGA